UAAAUUCCAUCAGGGUUGUUCCUCGGGGUGUUUUUGAGCCUGCCACCCAACUCAAGCAGGCAGAGAGGCCGAGGGACAGCAUGAUGAUGGACCUUUUUGAAACUGGCUCCUAUUUCUUCUACUUGGAUGGGGAGAAUGGAGCCUUGCAGCAGCUGGAGAUGGCCGAGGGAUCUCCACUGUACCCAGGCAGCGAUGGCACCUUGUCCCCCUGUCAGGACCAAAUGCCACCGGAGGCCGGCAGUGACAGCAGCGGAGAGGAGCAUGUGCUGGCACCCCCGGGACUACAACCCCCUCACUGCCCCGGCCAGUGUUUGAUCUGGGCUUGUAAAACUUGCAAGAGAAAGUCGGCCCCCACGGACAGACGGAAAGCAGCCACCCUGCGAGAGAGGAGGAGGCUGAAGAAGAUCAACGAAGCCUUUGAGGCUCUGAAAAGGCGGACUGUGGCAAACCCCAACCAGAGGCUGCCCAAGGUGGAGAUCCUGAGGAGCGCCAUCAGCUACAUCGAGAGGCUGCAGGACCUCUUGCACAGGCUGGAUCAGCAGGAGAAAAUGCAGGAGAUCGGGGGGGACCCCUUCAGCUUCAGCCCCAAGCAGGGAAAUGUAAGCACUGCCGCUUGA